GCUCGACGUCGGCGGGGGUCACCGUGGGCCGCUGCCCCGGGUCGGGAGGGACUCCAACCUCGGUUCCGGGCAGCUCCUACCGCGCCGCUGGGUCUCCACAGCGUCUGCUCCGAAGCGUCCCGGUCCGAUGCUGCGACCUAGAGAUCACAGAUGUUAUCAUCGCUGGGGACAAGGAGGAAAGGGAAAAAAUAAAUAUAUAAACGAGUGGAAUGGCCAGGGAGGAAGUUCUGCAGUUGUUGCUUUGGUUUAACGUUGGCCCUUGUGGGAAGGACCCGCGUGAUUCUGUCCCGAGUGCUGAACUGGCUGGUGCGCUAGGAGUCGUCGGUCGCGCCCUGCCUAAGGUCAAGACCAAACACGCAGCAGCAGUUACUGUAUAGUACCCAGGGGUUGGGAGGUCGCUUUAGGUUAUGGACUGAGCGGAUGAAAACAAGCACACUGUAUCUGUGGAUGAUCACUUUCAUGACGUUUGUCAGCGGUGCGGCAUGCAACGUGUUCUAGUUUUCUGAAGCCAGACUCCAUCUUCACGGAAUCUGAGAGUUGUUUCUCAUCCAUGGUAUACAAAACAGGAAUACAUCCUUCUAGACAUCAUUUUGCAUUGUAGGAUUCCACGACAUAGUAUUUCCUCCCCUAGGGACACCUUUUCCAUGUUUGCUGGAAGAUUUUUAUCUGAGAUUACAGCGUCAUGGCAGGGAGGAAUCAGAAUCGGACUGUUUCCCUCCCAGGGAUUCAGGCCAGUGGUCAGGUACACACUUUUGGAAAUUGUACGGACAGUGACAUGCUGGAAGAAGAUGCUGAAGUGUAUGAACUUCGGUCCAGGGGAAAGGAGAAGGUUCGAAGAAGCACAUCGAGAGAUAGACUUGAUGACAUUAUUAUACUAAUAAAAGAUUUACAGGAAGGAGACACGCUAAAUGCAGUAGCCCUUCAGUACUGUUGCACGGUAGCAGACAUCAAAAGAGUUAACAAUCUCAUCAGUGAUCAAGACUUUUUUGCACUUAGGUCUAUAAAAAUUCCAGUUAAAAGGUUUAGUUCUUUGACUGAAACUCUUCAUCCUCUGAAGGGAAGACAAGGCUUGCAUCCUCCCCCUGCUCCGUGUGUUGAAGAACAGGAAAUUGUGCCAGCUGAUUCUUUUUCUUCCAGUGAGUCAGCUGGCAGCUUUCUGAAAGAAGUGGAUCGAGACAUAGAACAAAUAGUAAAGUGUACAGACACCAAGAAGGAGAACCUGAAUGAGGUUGUGUCUGCCUUAACAGCACAACAGAUCCGAUUUGAACCUGAUAACAAAAGCGUUCCCCGAAAGGAUCCAUAUUAUGGAGCAGACUGGGGAAUUGGUUGGUGGACAGCUGUGGUGAUAAUGUUGAUAGUGGGUAUAGUAACACCGGUAUUCUAUUUGCUGUAUUAUGAAAUUUUAGCUAAAGUGGAUGUUAGUCACCACUCAACGGUGGGCUCUUCACACUUGAAUCCAGGACUCACACCUCCAUCACAGCACAGAGAAAUGGAAAAUGGAAUCGGUGCCACGAAAGGAAUACAUGCUGGUCAGCAGGAUGACCACAGACUAUACAGGCAAGACCCUCAGUCACCCGAUGCUCAACACAAAACUUGACGCUGAGCUUCAGUCAGUACUAAUGAUAAUGUGUGCAUACUGAAUAUGGUGAGUCACAUAUGGCUGUUCACUGCUUCCCGGCAAGAAUCCAGGAACAAAGAUGCUUUGUUUUUACCUUCCUAAAAGUUCCUGAGCUUUUUUACAAAUGGAUUGUCUAUAACACGCAUUUGCUACUUUAUAUUGAAACUGGUCAGUCUAUACAUCAAUUUUUAAAGCAGAAAUUAAUUUAAAUGUAUGUCUAGGAAUUCUGACUUAGAAGAUGCUAUCAUUUUUAGUAUUCAAGGUUAGUUAUGUUUGAAUUUUAUCUUUAAAAGAUUAAUUUUUAAUUUAAUUUUAAGGUUGUUGAUGUCCAGUGUCUCAAAUGCUUACAACUGAAGAAAAUUUGCUUACCAUACCUCUACCAAAAAGCUAGUUGUAAAAGUUUUGAUUCUAAAAUUAUUUAUGAUACCAAGUACUUAAUACUCAAAUUUGAAACUUUAAAAUCAUAUUUAGUAUAAUGUAUAAACAGAUAUAAAAACAUAAUUUAUAAUUUGUGUAACAAAAGCUAAGAAAUAGAUUAAAAAUUUUAAGACCCCAAAAUAAUGCCUUAGGGUUGGAAACUUACCAGUUAAUCACAAGGACACUGAAAUAGACAUAUUCCUUAAAAAAAUUUUUUAAAGGAAUGUUUUAUAACCAGCCCAUUAGCCUCACCUCCACUUAUUUUUAAAAAUACCCGUAUGUGCUAUUUGAAAGCACUUUUGUAGUUCUUUGAUGACGUGAUGUACCAAAAAGCAUAUUCAGCAAAUUCCCCUUUACAUACUAUGACUAAUUAUUGCUGUUAAAAAUUGUAACAUGCCUUAAUUAUACUCAAUGCCUUACAGUGUCACUUUCUAUAAGUUCAUGUACACUUGCCAGUUAAAGUUGAAACAUUGUGUCAGAUUUCAUUCCACAGCGCAUCAUUCCAUAGGCUAUGUAAAUUUGUCUGUCUUCACUUUUAAGCAUAAGUUAAUGGAGUAAAAACAAAUUUGUACUAUCUGCCUCUGAAGUUUUGCAGAAAAAAAAUGAUUUAGUAAGCAAAAAUGAGUAAGCAGGACUUUUACAGUUGCAGUAAGACAGAUUGAUUUAUUUGGUGACCGCUUGAUCUCUGCUUUUCAAAAACAAAAUGUCAGAUUUCAAUUAUCCCCACCUAAUCUGUACCAUUAAAUUGAGAAACACAGGCCAAAGUUGUGUGGAUUGGUCAAAAGGGCUUAAGAGUGGCAUUUUCUAAAUCUGUUGUGGGAUGACUAAUUUGGUUAAGAAGUAUUCGCAUACUGAAUUCAAUGUAAGUAUGUGUUUAAAAAAUAUACGUGCAUGUAGUGGAAUCUAGAUUGCACGUUUUCUGGAUACUAAACUCCAUACUUUAAAAUAUGUUACAUCACCUCAUUUUCUGGACAUUGUUUCCUGAAUCAGUGUUUCAGCUUUUUAAAUGUUGUGUAUAUAAAAUUCAAAUCAUGAAACAAGGAAUUAUUAAUACAUAUUUGUUAUAUUUGUGGUUUUAUAUGCUUCAAGAAGAAAAAGCAUUACAAAAAAGACAGACACAAAAGUCAGUCACUUUAAAGCCCUUAACAUGUAUCAGAAAAGUUUUAGAAAAUUUCCUUUAAAAUACUUAAUAGGACAAUUCUAGUACAUUGAUUCCUUUCGUAAAUCUUAGUUAAAAUAAUUUUAGUUGUUCUUAAGAUGCCAUGUGCAUUUUGAAAUUUUAAUUAUGCUCAGUGUUAACACAUCCAGUUUACAUUGUAUUUAUUCAGCCUGCUGUAAAGUUGAGUUUUAGGGUAAGAAAAUACAGAUUUCAGGGCAGAACAGGCUACAUAACCUUUGAAGAACUUUGUUUACAUCAAGCAGAUUAAAUUACAGAAUUGUGAUUCCUUUUUUUUGCUGGUUUUACUUUGGAAUUGUAAUUGAAGGAUCGGAUAACUUAUUUUUAAAGGAGGAGGUAUAUUUAUUUGCUGGUUAAAAUAAUUUCUGUCUUGAGGCACAUCGUUUUUGAAGGAAAUACAACAUACAUCCCUAGGAAACAACCAAGCAAUUAGUUUUGCCUAUAUAUUUUAGAAUUAUUAGUUGAAUAUAAUUCUAUAUAGAAUUAUGCUUUCAUCUUUAAAAGAAAAUGUAAGCAUUUAGUAGAAUUUUUGGCAACUGCAAACUACAUUGUAAACAAUUGUCAUUGUUUGCUACUGUGGAUCAUGUUCAAUCCCUUACUUGAAUUUGCUUUGAGGCUUUAAUUUUUAUGUGUGUGUGUGUGUGUGCUGUUAUAAACCCAACAGAAUUGAGUUAUAGUCAUUGAGUUUAUUAGUCCACUUAAAAAUUUGGAAUUCCAAGUAAAGAAACAUCUGAUAUUGUUAUAGGAAAACUUCAUGACUCUGUAAAGACUAGGUACAUGGUUGAGUUUGUUUUGAACCAAUGGAUAGCUAUUUGAAUAUUUUCACUGUGCCCCCUACAAAGCUGGCCAUGUUAUGAACUAAGAAGUCUAUGAUCUCAGAUUUUCUUUUUGGUGAGUUUGAUUGUUAAAGCUUUUUUAUGGGCUCUGCUUUUUGGUUUAUUAAGUGAAACACUCUUUAGUAAUUGAUUAUUUCUCUUUAGUAAAAAGACCUAGCAUUACCUCAGUGAAAAUGCGAAGGCUAUGGCUGCAAGUAGAAGUGGAGACCCAGUCUCAAGAGUAUCACAGAGCUAAGUUAUGUAAACACUGCAUUAUCAUGGGAUUCUUUCUGAUUUUGAAUUACAACAUUGUUGCUCAGGAAAUCAGUAUUUUUUCUAAGUAUGUGCAUAUUGCACUGUUAGACCAUAGAAAAUUAUAAAUGCUUUAUUUAAUUCAUUUUAUGUAUGAAAAGCUAGAAAUUUUUUUGUAUAAUGUAUUUUAUAUAAUUGCAAAUAUAUUAAACCAUUGUUAGCAUGUACAUCUGUAAAACUGGUUUUUAAACUUUUUUGCCUUGUUUUUCAUAUUUAAGGAUAUGCAAAUUAUAAUAAACUUUCUAUUUUAUUAAUCAAUUUGAAAAUGGAAGUUGUUGAAUAUAAUUGAAUAAAGCAAUAAUUUUAUCUUUCAAGCUAUUUAAAAUACAUUUUCACAUUAGUUCUUCUUUCUUUCACUCUUCCUUUUUCUUCCUGUCUUCCUCUUUUUCUCUUUCUUUUGCCCAGGCUGGCCUUAAACUCAGAUGCCUGCCUCUGCCUCCUAAGUGCAGGGAUUACAGGCACCAGUGUGGUACCCAAUUAUUCUUGGGUAUGUGCCUUCCACAGGAGCAUCCUGGUUGACAUACCAUGAGAUACAUUCUUACAGAAAGCCAACUCUUCUUUCAGCUGGUAUUAUUUGCCAUUUGCUUCAUGACCAGGAGUAGUAUUGUGUUCCCAACUUCCCUUGCUUCCUGGAAUUUGAUCUGGCUUGAGCUUGCAUAGGUCUUGUACAUGAUGUCACACGUUAACAGGUGUAGCUACCCUGCUGUAUCCAGGUGUUUCCAAGUAGUCACCUACUGUCUUUGGCUGUCAGAUUGUUUUCAUCUUCUCUUCUUCAAUGAUCCUGAGCCUUGGGAGGGUGUGUGUGUGCAAUACAGUCUCUAAUUCUCUGUCCCUUGGCCAGUUAAUCGCCAUCUAUUGCAAAUAGCUUUCUCAGAUGAGUUCUCAGAGUCAAUAGGACAGUUUACUACUUUACUAUUUACAAGCAUAAUAGUAGGUUCUCCAGGCCAGCGAUCUGUCUAAUGGUAGGUUCUUGGAUUGAUAAUGGUCCCAAGUACGGGUUUCCUCUUGUGGAGCUGGGCUUAACACAAUCAGAAAGUGGUUGGUUGCUUCCAUGAUUCUUGUGCCACUAGUAUAUCAGUGGACCUGUCCUGCCAGGGCAGUUGUUACAGCUAGUGGAGUUCAUAGCUGGUUAUAAACUCAAGUUGCCACAUUCAAUCAAUUCAGACUUCUAUUUGUUAAUAUAUAACAUUAAUUUUUGGAUGUAAAACAAAUGUUAGAUAAAUGCUAUUGAGGAAUUGUGCUUCUGGGCAAGACUUGUUAAAUCCAGGCCAUGCUUACAGAACUGAGUCAGUCUCAUGAGAUGCUCUAAAUGUAAGUUGUAAGUUUUUAUAAAACAAAAGUGCCUUUCAAGAAUAUUAAUCUUGGAGACUCAGCAGAAGGCUCAGUCAGUAUAAGUAUUUGUUGGACAAGCAUGAAGCCCCAAGUGCAGAGUCCCAGCACUCGAGUAAAAAGGCGCACAACUGUAAUCGUAGUGUAGGGGACGCAGAGACAAGAUCCCCGUGCUCACUGGCCAGAUAAUCUAGAGGGAUUGGUUAUCCUUCCAAAGGAACAGUAAUGGAGGAAGAGUACCUAACUUUUGGCCUGCAAACAGACUUGCACACACAUGAGCACUUAGAUAUAUACCAUAUACAAAGAAUACACACACACACACACACACAGAACCAGAAAGAAUUCUUCAGGGCAACUCAUCUUUCCCAUACAUUUUUCCAUUUUAAAGCAGCUUGACCUUAAAGUUGGCUCACACUUCCUCUCACACUUGUCACUUGAAGGUGUGGAUGGAGAGAAGAACAGCAGUCCUGCUGAGUUAAAGCCAAGAGUGUUCCUUUGUAUGUGGUGGGGGUUUGACCUACAACCAUCCCUACUCAAUAAAGUUACUUUAGCAGAGAAAAACCAGAAUUAACUGGUUUUCUCUACCAAAGAAAUAUUUCACAGAAAACCAUCUUGGUAUUAAGGCCAAAAUUUUAUUUUUUUAAACUUUACAUGUGUAAACAAAUACAGAAAAAUCAUCAUUGUACCAAUUAGUUUUAUUUGGUAGCAUAAUGUUAAAGACAUUUCACCAACUAGUCCCAGUAAGUACGCUUAUUUAACCUUUAAGAAGGUGUCUCUACAAAGCAAUUUCAUAGUCUCAGCAGUAAAGAAAACAUGACUUAUGCUUGUCAAGCUGCCCGAAAAAUUCUAUCCUUUCUCAAAAUUAAUGUUUAAAGUUGUAAACUUAUCUUUCACAGGGAUGGGAAUCCCAGAAUAAAGAAUGUUGGAAAGCAUCUUCCCUCCCGUUGGCAGGAACACGAGAGUGAAGACACCCUGGAAACUAGGGAAGAAGUUAUUGCCAAUGCCUGUCCCCGAUCUGAACAGUUAUCUGCACAUCUGUAACAAGGGAAGGAGACAGAACUAUGAAAUAAACUGUUUAUGACUUA